AUGGCCACUGCACAGUUACAGAGAACUUCCCUGAGUUCAUUGAUGUUUCCCAAUAAAGUAACAACUGAGCAGCAAUCUCUGAUGUUAGUAAAGAGGCUCUUAGCAGUUUCAGUAUCCUGUAUCACGUAUUUGAGAGGAAUAUUUCCAGAAUGUGCAUAUGGGACAAGAUAUUUAGAUGAUCUUUGUGUCAAAAUUCUGAAAGAAGAUAAAAAUUGUCCAGGAUCUACACAGUUAGUGAAGUGGAUGCUAGGAUGCUAUGAUGCUUUACAGAAAAAAUAUCUAAGGAUGGUUGUUCUAGCUGUGUACACCAAUCCAGAAGAUCCUCAGACAAUUUCUGAAUGCUACCAGUUUAAAUUCAAGUACACCAAUAAUGGACCAGUAAUGGACUUCUUAAGUAAAAACAGAAACAGCAAAUCUAGCAUGUCUUCUUCUGACAUCAAGAAAGCAAGUAUUCUCCUCAUUCGAAAAAUGUAUAUUCUAAUGCAAAACCUGGGACCUCUGCCUAAUGAUGUUUGUUUGACCAUGAAACUUUUUUACUAUGAUGAAGUUACACCAUCAGAUUAUCAGCCUCCUGGUUUUAAGGAUGGUGAUUGUGAAGGAGUGAUAUUUGAAGGGGAUCCUAUGUAUUUAAAUGUGGGUGAAGUCCCAACACCUUUUCAUACUCUCAAAGUAAAAGUGACUACUGAGAAAGAACGAAUAGAAAACAUUGAUUCAGCUAUACUGUCACCAAAACUAUCAUUAAAAACACCACUUGAGAAAAUCCUGGCAGACAAAGAUGACCCAGAAGAUGAACAGGAACAUUAUAUAAGUGAUGAUUGUAACACUGAAACUAAAUCAGGAGAGCAAAUAAACAAUCCUGAAUCCUCUCAACUUGGAGAACCAAACCUGGUUUGUAAAGAAGAUGAAAUUAUGAGGACUAAAGAAAGUCCAGGUCUUUCCAUUUCCCAGGUUGAGCAGUUAGUCAGUAAAACAUCUGACCUUGAUGUAUCUGAAAGUAAAACAAGAAGUGGAAGAAUAUUUCAGAAUAAAAUGGCCAGGGGAAAUCAACCAGUAAAAUCUUCUAAAGAAAAUCAGAAGAGAAGUCAGCCAGAACCAGAGAAAACUGUCCCCCAUCAUUUUGAUUCUUCUAGUCAAGAGUCAGUGCCAAAACGAAGACGGUUUAGUGAACCAAAGGAACAUAUAUAA